GACGCAAGUACACUUGCGCAAUUAAUUUGUACGCUCGCGUGUGUUGAUGGUGCUUUUUUCUUAAAAACAUUAUAAAAAUUGCAGCCUAAAAGUUGAACAACAAAAUGGCCCUCACCCUUACUCCGCGGACGAAGCAGAAAAUAGCUGUCGUGAUGAGCAUUUCGAAAACGGUGUUUCAUUGGGGCUUCAUUCCUGCGGUGUUGUAUUUAGGUUUUCGUAAAGGUGCAGAUCCCGGUAUGCCUGAACUGUCAUUUAUGAAUUUACUUUGGCAGUAAAAAAAGUUCACGUUUCCUUCAAGUGAGAAUCCAAAGCAUUUCCAGCAAAAGUGGCAGCUUCUUGUAAAUUGAAGCAUUAUGAGAUUUUUUACAGUUACUGUUACUUUAAACUAGUACAAAAUGUAUAUAGCUAUGACGCGAAAGAAAUUUUUAUUGCAUUGAAUGUCGAAUAUUUGAGUGCAAAGUACUUGAAAAUUAAAAGUAUGUACAAAAAAAAAUAAAAGAUUUAAUUAAAUGCA